GCGGGAGGGAAGCACGAGGCCGAAGCCGGUUGCUGGGCUCCGCAGCGCAAGCAGCGCAGCGCGGCGCCCGGGCCCCGGCCCCAUGCCCGCAGCCCCGCCGGACCGCCCUUGAGCGCGGGCAUCGCGCCCGCGCCCCCUACCCGCCGGCACCAUUGCCCCGACGGCGCGGCCGGGUGGCCCGGCUCUCCCCAGGCUCCGCGCCGGCCGGAAAACGCUGCUGGCAGCCGCCGCGGGCGUGGUGAUGCUGCUCGUGCUGGUGGUGCUCAUCCCGGUGCUGGUGAGCUCGGGCGGCCCGGACGGCCACUAUGAGAUGCUGGGCACCUGCCGCAUGGUGUGCGACCCCUACCCCGCGCGGGGCCCCGGCGCCGGCGCGCGGUCCGACGGCGGCGGCGACGCUCUGAGCGAGCAGAGCGGUGCGCCCCCGCCCUCCACGCUGGUGCAGGGCCCCCAGGGGAAGCCGGGCCGCACCGGCAAGCCGGGCCCCCCCGGGCCUCCAGGGGACCGGGGUCCUCCGGGUCCUGUGGGACCGCCCGGAGAGAAGGGUGAGCCAGGCAAGCCUGGCCCUCCUGGCCUGCCGGGUUCAGGAGGCAGCGGCGCCAUCAGCACGGCCACCUAUACCACGGUGCCACGCGUGGCCUUCUACGCCGGCCUCAAGAACCCUCAUGAGGGUUACGAGGUGCUCAAGUUUGACGACGUGGUCACCAACCUAGGCAACAACUACGAUGCGGCCAGCGGCAAGUUUACAUGCAACAUUCCUGGCACCUACUUUUUCACCUACCACGUCCUCAUGCGCGGCGGCGACGGCACCAGUAUGUGGGCGGACCUCUGCAAGAACGGCCAGGUGCGGGCCAGCGCCAUUGCCCAGGAUGCAGACCAGAACUACGACUACGCCAGCAACAGCGUGAUCCUGCACCUGGACGCAGGCGAUGAGGUCUUCAUCAAGCUGGAUGGAGGCAAAGCGCACGGGGGCAACAGCAACAAAUACAGCACUUUCUCUGGCUUCAUCAUCUAUUCAGACUGAGCCCCCGCACCCCUUUCCAUCCGUGGCUCUUCAUCCCUGGGGCUCCCCUCUAGGGAGAGGCAAACAAGAACCCAUUCCCUACUCAUUUUCAAAUUGCCUGGCCCAGGCUGCCGACUCUCCCAGGCUGAAUCGCCCCUAGCCCGCCUCCACCACCUAGUCCAGGCCUUUACUUCUUGGAGCGCAAAGGUCCUCAUCCCCCACCCCCCACCCCUCCCAAACCCGCACGCAGUUCCGGCCCGGGUGGCAGGUUGCCUUCUUGGUCCCAGCCUGCACUGUAUAUGUGUACAAUAGGACUGUUUACUGCCCACCCCCUCCUGCCAGCCAGCCCCAGUCUGGGGGGGGGGGAGUUGGCGCGGUUGCUUCCUGAGGGGUGACCCCCCCCCCCCGCCUGGGGGAGGAGCGGGUUAGGGGCUGGAUAACAUCCCAGCACCCACAAAACCCUGGAACAGCUGCAACUGGUCUGACCAAAGCUAUAAUAAAAACAUUUCCACCCCGUGGGGCUUUCAGUCUGUGCCCUGGGGAAGUCUGUAGAAGGUGCCCCGACCCUGCCCUCUAGACUGGGAAGGAGUAGGGUAAAAAUUUCUGGGGACAACCAGAUGCUGGAGUCAUAGCUGCUCUAGGAAAGGGCCAAAAGGCCUGAUGUUCACCACAGCCCGAGUAGGCAACUGGAGUGGGAAGCAAUUCAGUUACAUCUUACGUGGUGGUAAAGUGCCAUUUUUGCAUUGGGAACAAGGUACAGACAACUUUGUAAGUGGAGAGCCUAGGUUCCUGUGACGUCACAUGUGAUGCAAGUCACUCUCCGGCUGGUGAACGCCACAGAAAGGACCAAGCUUUGCACUAAAAGCUGGUUGACCUUCCAAUCACUACAUCGGGGCCUCUUGUUUUUCAUCAGUAAAAUGUGGGAAAGAAGACCCACUUCCCUCGAUUGAACACGCUCAAAGUACAUAGCUCUUCCUGUUUCUACAUCAUUUUAAAGUUUGCAAAAUGCUUUCAGAUACUCUCUCACCCGAGCUGGAGUUAGGUGAAUGGGUAGGUUUUCUUCCACGGAGAUUAAAGUGACAGAGUUGUUAAGUUCUGUGGAUG